AUGCAGCAGGGUGGAGGUCCUAUCUUCCCUUUGUACGGCGAGGGUAGGCUUCACGCUCGUGCAGCCCAAAAAUCGUUUCUAUGCUUGGCCAAUGACUGCAUUUUGGGGCCUAGGCUGCGAGUGGUAGAGCUGGAAGCCGGGCGCAUUUGCAUUGAUGAUGUGGACAUCUCCACGGUGCCGCUGCAGGUCCUCCGCAGCGCAGUGUCCCUGAUUCCGCAGGAGCCUGUGCUUUGGAGCGGCACGAUCGCUGAGAACCUGGACCCCACAGGGUGCCUUCCUGAAAAUCGUCUCCGUGAUGCGCUCGCGAAGAUCCACCUGGAUGCCAAACUGGAUUCGCUUGGCGGCCUUGCAGCUCGUGUCGAGAGGAGCGGCGGCAACUUUAGCCUGGGCCAGCGGCAGCUGCUCUGCAUUGCAAGAUGCAUAGCGAGAAGUAGCCGGGUCGUGCUGGUGGAUGAGGCAACGUCUUGCGUGGACGGUGAGACGGACGCCUUGAUUCAGGAAGCCCUCCGGACCCAAUUCCACAGGUGUACCAUGCUUGUGGUGGCACAUCGUCUCCAGACGAUUAUGGAUGCAGACAUGAUCGCGGUCCUGGAUGCCGGAUGCGUGGUUGAAACAGGCCACCCCUCAGCGCUUCUUGCUGAUCCAUCGUCGCGCUUUGCGCAGAUGGCUUCGCGAGUUCCUGUCGAGGCGGGUGGUCUCCAGACUGGCAAAGCCACAGCGCUGAGUUUGUAA